GAGGAAGCAGUCCAACACAUUUAUCCCUUACUGCAGGUCUCAAGAUUCGAAACUCAAAGUAAAAAAAAAAAAAGGAGUAGCUCAUAAAUCUGCUUCCUCAAUUCUCAAAUUCACCCGGCCAUAGUCGGCGGUAAAAUCGCCAGCCACCGUUGCAGUUCAAUUCAGUGAUCGCUACUCCUCAGUCAUCAAAACACAACGCUUUCCUUUUGAACUUCGUCGUUUAUAUCAUAAGCAUUCAUAUACAGGAUGGCUCCGAAGAAAAAGCAACAGAGGCAGAAAUCUUCAUCAUCCAAAGAAAAGAGUCCUUCUUCAUCUGGUCCAAAGCUGCAGAUAUCAUAUGAGAACGAGAACCGGCUGCGGAGAUUGUUACUGAACUCGGGCCGGUCCUGGGCUCGUGCUCCAGUUGAAGUUUCACUCUCCAAGGCCCAGAAGGAAAAAAAGCUUCGCACCAUUUACGAGAAGCUCUCAUGCGAAGGAUUCAGUGAUGAUCAAAUCGAACGAGCACUCUCCGCUCUUAAGGAUGGUGCAACACUUGAGGCUGCUCUAGAUUGGCUAUGUUUAAAUUUGUCUGGGGAUGAGCUCCCAAAGAAGUUUUCUAGUGACACUUUGCACUUAAAUGAAGGUUCUGUUGGCAUCAUUUCAAAUGUAAGAGAAGAUUGGGUUCCCUCCACAGAAUCAUCAGCUGCAGGAGCAAGGGAUGAAAUAAUGGAUGUGAUCACGAAACAACGAAGGGAUGAUGAAACUUUUGAUUGUGUUGAGCGAGCUCAAGCAGAUUGGAUCCGCCGGUAUAUGAGAGAGCAAGAGGAUGAGUCUGAAUCUGAAUCGGACCUGAUUGAUGGCACUUCUUCAAAGCAGUCUAGGCGUAGCCAUGAAACUAUUGUCAGAGAGUUUCAUGCUGCAAGGCUGGAAGCUAUACAUGCAAAAGAGACUGGUGACAAGAAAGGACAAGAGCAAGCAAGCAGAGUUAUAUGCAAAAUCAAGCAGGAGUUGUCUGCCCUAGGAUUGUCAGAUGCUGUCCUUGAAUCUGGAUAUGAAAGUUCUCACCAGGAUAUGCAGAGACUGACUUGCUCUUCCAUUCCUUGUGAGAACUUGGAAGGAGAUGCUGUUACUUUACAAAAUGCAGAAGGUUGCGGAACUCCUAUUCUUAAUGAGUGGGAGUUGAAUAUUGGUAAAAAAGUGGUUGAGUUAUCUGCUGAAUAUGACUCUGCAAGUGUCUCCUUACCUGAGAAGACUGAAUCAGAAGGAGAAACAACUGAUGAGGAACUUGGUAAUUUUCUAUUUGAAGAGGAUUCAGCUGUUGAGUUGCCUGCUGAAGUUCUGGAUCUGCAAAGAAAGGAGAAACUGAGAGAACUGUUAUCUGAUAAAAAUUUAGAGAAGCUAGAAGGUGUAUGGAAGAAGGGAGAUCCAAGAAAGAUUCCAAAGGCUUUUCUACAUCAGCUUUGUCAGAAAUCAGGAUGGGAUGCACCAAAAUAUACAAAAGUACUUGAUAAGAGAAAUUGGUCUUGUUACACCUUAAGUAUAUUGCGCAAAGCAAGUGGAAGGGGUAAAAGCAGAAAAGCUGGGGGGCUUAUGACAGUCGAGCUUCCAGAACAGGAUCAGAUAUCGGGUAAUGCUGAGGAUGCACAGAAUAAGGUGGCAGCUUAUGCUCUGUAUCAGUUGUUUCCAGAUCUCCCUGUUCACUUGUCAAUCACAGAGCCAUAUGCGUCAAUUGUCCUCCACUGGAAAGCAGGUGAAUGUUUGGCCAAUAUAGUAGAAGAUCAAGAAGAACGUAGAGACUGUUUUAUCAAUUUAUUAUUGGAUGCCUAUGAGACGGGUACCAUUGCUCCUUUAAGUGUUACUGACAAUUCAACUGAGGAUAUGAUGCACAAGCCUCAAGCUACAGAAGAUCAAACUACUAGCUCUAAUUUCAAAAUUAAAAAGCCGGAUCUGAGAAAAGAAUCAGAAAGUAUUUAUUUGAAGCAAGAGCAAGAGAAUAAGAAGAAAAUGAAGAAGUACCAGGACAUGUUGAAAUCCAGAGCUUCCCUUCCCAUUGCCGAGCUAAAGGAUGAUAUUUUACAUUCACUUGAAAAGAAUGAUAUUUUGGUUGUCUGUGGGGAAACAGGAUGUGGGAAAACCACUCAGGUUCCUCAAUUUAUAUUGGAUGACAUGAUUGAAUCAGGAUGUGGUGGAUAUUGUAAUAUCAUUUGUACACAACCUAGGAGAAUCGCGGCAAUUUCUGUAGCUGAAAGAGUUGCUGAUGAGAGAGUUGAAUCAUCACUGGGUUCACAUGAUUCUUUGGUUGGCUAUCAAGUUCGCCUUGAUAGUGCAAGGAAUGAUAACACAAAGCUUCUAUUUUGUACAACUGGCAUCCUCUUGAGAAUGAUUGCGGGUAACAAAGAUUUGAGUGGUAUAAGUCACAUCAUUGUUGAUGAAGUGCAUGAACGAUCUCUUCUGGGUGAUUUUUUGCUUAUAGUGUUGCGGAAUCUUGUUGAAAAUCAAUCUGCUCAUGGAAUUGCAAGACUAAAAAUCAUACUGAUGUCUGCCACGGUUGAUUCACAUUUAUUUUCACAAUACUUUGGUCAUUGCCCUGUAAUUACUGCACAAGGAAGAACACAUCCUGUCUCAACUUAUUUUCUAGAGGAUAUUUUUGAAAAUCUCAACUACCGCCUCACAACUGACUCUCCAGCUUCUAUGAACUACGGAACACCCACAAUAGACAAGAGAGGUCCUGUUGGAAAUCACAGAGGGAAGAAAAAUCUUGUCCUAUCUGCAUGGGGAGAUGAAUCAUUGCUUUCUGAUGAUUGUGUUAAUCCAUAUUAUAAUCCAAUUAGCUAUCAGACAUACAGUGAGCAAACCCGACAAAACCUGAAAAGAAUGAAUGAAGAUGUCAUAGACUAUGAUCUUCUAGAAGACCUUGUAUGUCAAAUUGAUGAUGCUUACCCCGAGGGUGCAGUGUUGGUUUUUUUACCUGGUGUUGCGGAAAUACAUAUGUUGCUUGAUAGACUAAGUGUUUCAUAUCGAUUUGGUGGACAAUCUUCUGAAUGGCUUCUUCCUUUACACUCUUCUAUAGCAUCUGAGGAUCAGAGAAAGGUGUUUCUAAGACCUCCGGAGAGCAUUCGUAAGGUUAUAAUUGCUACAAACAUCGCAGAAACUAGUAUAACAAUAGAUGAUGUGGUCUAUGUGGUAGACUGUGGAAAGCACAAGGAAAAUCGCUUUAAUCCCAUAAAGAAACUGUCAAGCAUGGUUGAAGAUUGGAUAUCUCAUGCAAAUGCAAGACAGCGCAGAGGAAGAGCUGGACGUGUUAAGCCAGGAAUCUGCUUCUGUCUGUAUACACGUCAUCGAUAUGAAAAGCUCAUGAGACCAUAUCAGAUACCUGAGAUGUUGCGGAUGCCUUUAGUUGAACUAUGUUUACAAAUCAAGUUGCUUUCUCUAGGAAACAUAAAAAUGUUCUUAUCCAAGGCUCUAGAGCCUCCAAAGGAAGCGGCCAUUACAUCCGCAAUUUCUUUGUUAUAUGAGAUUAUCUUUCAUUGACAAGCAUUUUCCAUAAGUUUAGCUAUUGCAAUUACCAUGACCUUGUGAAAGAAAAUGUAUCUUCUUGGUCAUGCUAUAUUUUACUUGAGCAUAAAAAAGUGCCUAGUGAGCUAUAAUGUUCAAGGCAAUAAUUGACAAUGCAAUAAGAUUUAUCUGGCCUAUCUAAAUUGAACUUGUGAUUAGGUGGGAGCAAUUGAAGGAAAUGAAGACUUGACUCCUCUUGGGUUUCAUUUAGCAAAACUCCCAGUUGAUGUACUAAUUGGAAAGAUGAUGUUGUACGGCACUAUUUUUGGUUGUUUAUCACCAAUUCUAUCUAUUUCAUCUUUUUUGAGCUACAAGUCUCCAUUUGUUUAUCCAAAAGAUGAGAAGCAAACUGCUGAAAGGGCCAAGCUGGCUCUAUUGGGCGACAAACUUAGCGGCGAGACUGAUUUUUGUGAUGGCAAUGUGCAAUCUGACCAUCUUCUAAUGAUGGUCGCAUAUAAGAAAUGGGAGAAGGUUUUGUGUGAGAGUGGAGCUAAAGCAGCACAGAGAUUUUGCAACUUAUAUUUCUUAAGCAAUUCCGUUAUGUAUAUGAUAAGAGACAUGAGAAUACAAUUUGGAACAUUGCUAGCAGACAUUGGGCUCAUUGAAAUUCCCAAAAGCUUUCAGAUCUCUGGAAAAAGGAAAGAAAAGCUUGGCAGUUGGCUCUCUGAUACAGCGCAACCAUUUAAUGUGCAUGCAAAUCAUUACUUAAUUCUUAAGGCAAUACUUUGUGCUGGUCUCUAUCCCAAUGUUGCUGCCACAGAAGAUGGUGUUGCUACAUCUCUUCUUGGAUCCAUAAAACAGUACACGGGGCAAAAACCAAAAAGUCAGUCCAUGUGGUUUGAUGGAAAAAGAGAAGUUCAUAUUCACCCUUCUUCAAUUAACUCCACUUCGAAAGCUUUACAAUAUCCAUUUCUUGUCUUUCUUGAAAAGGUGGAGACAAAUAAAGUAUUUCUGCGCGAUACCACCAUAAUCUCCCCUUAUUCCAUUUUGCUGUUUGGCGGUUCAAUAAGCGUGCAGCAUCAGGGUGGAACAAUCACUGUAGAUGGAUGGUUGAAAGUUCGGGCAGCAGCACAAACUGCUGUGCUUUUCAAAGAACUUCAGCUGACUCUCCGUCAUAUACUUAAGGAGCUAAUUCAGAACCCACGGAGUGCAAGCAUAAAGGAUAAUGAAGUUAUCAGAUCCAUAAUACAGUUGCUGUUGGAAGAAGAUAAACCAUCCAAAUGAAGUUCCCUACCUUGAGUCAGUGUUAUGAUGUAACACUAAUUAGUUGUAAUAAUAUAACAAUGUUCAAUGCAGGUCAGUAUGGUAUUACUGCUAUAAAGGGUUGAACUAUUAAUAGAAAGGCUGUUUAGCUCUGCUGUGACAGAAGUUCGAUAAAAUUGUUGAAUUUAGACAUGUUUCUUUCUGGAAUGUGGUGUGAUACUUUUAAUGGAAUAAAUUUCACUUUUGGUCCUACGAGUUUUAGGUCAAUUUUACAUUUAGUCCACAUUUUUCACUUUGUCCACUUUUGAUACAUGAUUAUUGUGUUUUUGCCCAUAUUUGGUCCUUCCGAGCCAUGUUUUCGAUGGUAAAAAUUGCCAUGUAUAAAACACAACUUGCCACAUCUGGACACAGUGACACAUUUAAUUGCCAUGUAUAAAACACAACUUGCCAUUUGCCACAUACUGGACACAAUGAAAGUUCUGGAUUAAAUGUGGAAUGGACAUAAAAGUAUAAAACUAAUAGGACCAAAAGUGGAAUUAAUUCUUUUUAAUGGGUAAAAGAAAUUUAUGGGUUUGUCAAAAACUAGGUGGUGUGGUUUGAGAUUAUAUUUUG